AACGAGAAAUUCCUCGCUCGGAGAAAGGAACACAUUCAUUGUGGUCAUCAUGGCGGCUGCUGUCAAAGACGUUAAAGCUUUGUUCAAAAAGUUGAAUACCAAAUGGACUUCAAAGCCUCGAAAUCUGAAAGAAUGCGGCGAACUUUUAGCGAAGCUCAAGGUAGGGUUGACAAGCCUGGUGUUUCUGCCUACUUCUAAUGCGCAACCUUCUGAGCAGGAACUCCUCUUGGCAAGAGAUGUUCUGGAGAUUGGAGUACAAUAUAGUAUUGCUACCAAAGAUAUUCCAUCGUUUGAGCGUUACAUGGCUCAGCUCAAAUGCUACUAUCUUGAUUACAAGUCGAGCCUUCCAGAAUCGCCUUUCAAGGAUGAGCUUCUUGGUCUUAAUCUGUUAUUCCUGUUGUCUCAAAACCGGGUAGCUGAGUUCCACACUGAAUUGGAAUUGCUCCCAGCUGAUCAUAUCCAGAAAAAUUUGUACAUCAGUCAUCCCUUGUCCCUUGAACAGUACUUAAUGGAAGGCUCGUACAAUAAGAUAUUUUUGGCUAAAGAUAGUGUUCCAGCUGAAAGUUACAACUUUUUUAUCGAUAUCUUGCUUGAUACAAUUCGUGGAGAAAUUGCCGCAUGCAUGGAGAAGGCCUAUGACAAGGUUACUUUAAAUGAGGCUGCUCGCAUGCUUCACCUUAACUCUCUACAGGCAAUUCAGGAAUAUGGAAAUAAGCGUGGGUGGGCUUUGCGGCCUGAUAACAUGUACCACUUUGGACCAACAGAACAGAAGAUGGAUGAUGGUUUGCCAUCAGCUGAGCUUGCCUCCCAAGUAGUAGAGUAUGCUCGUGAACUAGAAAUGAUUGUAUAAAUAAGAAAACCAAACGAUAAUUUGAUUGAAGAAUAUUACUAACAGAUGGUUUCUGCUAGACAUUUUUUAUGUCCCUUUGUUUGUACCGAUGUUAAUAAACCACUACAUUUUCCUUUUUGUAA